AUGGGGAGUUUAGGAGAGAUUCAGGAGGAAAUAGAAAGUCGGGUUUCACUUUCAACUGGAACAGCCUCCAUGCCUUUAUCUUUGAACCAUGUCUCAUUUGUUUGUAAGUCUGUUCCUGAAUCUGUCAAGUUCUACGAGGAGGUUCUGGGUUUUGUUCUCAUCAAAAGACCUUCUUCCUUCAAAUUUGAAGGAGCUUGGUUGUUCAACUAUGGGAUAGGCAUCCAUUUGCUUGAAUCAGACAAGGACGUCCCAACAAAGAAAAGCAAGAUCAAUCCAAAAGACAACCACAUUUCAUUUCAAUCCUCAGACAUGAAUGUUGUUAUAAAGAAACUAGAGGAGAAGAACAUUGAAUAUGUAACAGCAGUUGUUGAAGAAGGUGGCAUUACAGUUGAUCAGCUCUUCUUCCAUGACCCUGAUGGCUACAUGGUUGAAAUAUGUAACUGUCAAAAUCUCCCGGUUCUUCCACUUUCUGCAUGCCCUCUCAGUUUACCACAAACCAAUGGGAAACUAGCACCAUCACCAUCACUAUAUGGAAAAUUAAUGGCAGGGAAGCAAAGUUGGGAGUUGCAAUGCUUUGCAGAAGUUGCCUCUCUGAUGAUGGACAACUUGGUGGUGGACUUGAUGGAUAUUUCAAUAUGA